GUGGUGGCGUCUAAUGGAGGUGCACGUGUGUUUUUAAUCCCUGGUGGACGAAGAUCGAAAGAUUCGAACGUUCGAUUUUUGAAUUUUCCGUUGUGUGUGUUUUAUUUCUAAAAUGUAAUUAAAACAAUGUGUGUUUAUUACAAUAAAUAAAUAAUUAUGUGUUUUGUGAUAACGUGACUUGGAUUUUGGAAUAAAAUUAUUAUUAUUGAAACGGUCCGAUUAGGAUAACUAACCCGUCCCAUGAGUGUGUGAACAAUGUGAGUUAUCCAUGUGUGCGAAAAUGUGAACACAUCCAACCAUGUUGAGGUUUCGUGUCGCAUGCUGCGUAAUGUUCGCAGUGCUGCAGCGCUGCGCUGAGAGUCAGCAGGAUGUGAUCAUUGAGGAAUCGGCGUCGAUAGAAGCGGUGCACGCAGCGCUAGGGCGGGCGGCCGAACUGCCUUGCGACGUGACGCCCGCCCUACCGCACGACAGCGUCGCCCUCGUGAUAUGGUACAAGCAGGGUCACAACACACCGGUGUAUACCUUGGACACAAGAGAUGGCGUGGAUACACAUUGGUCGGAUCCUUCUACCCUGGGUUCCAGAGCGUCCUUCAGGACUAGCACUACACCAGCCAUAUUGAUAUUAACAAAGAUAAGGCCCGAAGACAGUGGACAAUACAGAUGCCGGGUGGACUUCAUUAAAUCACCAACUAAGAACACCAGGCUUAACUUGACCGUGUUAAUACCUCCGGAACGACUAGUCAUACUGGAUCAAGAUGGAGAAGAAUUCCGUGGCGGGGCCAUGGGACCGUUCGACGAGGGGACAAGAGUGAACCUCACUUGUGUCGCGAUUGGUGGUCGUCCAGCUGCUAGAGUGUCCUGGUGGCAAUCACACGCCCUCCUCGCCAACUCGGAGUCGAGGGCAUCUGUGUCUUUCACCCUACAGCGAGAUCUGUAUCCCGCCACCCUUACAUGCCAGGCUGUCACGGACCCCUCGAUUGCUCCGCUUUCAGAGAACAUAACUGUCGAUAUGAAUUUGUACCCACUCUGGGUCCGGAUAGUGGGCGGCGCGCGGCCGCUCGUAGCGGGGCGUGCGGUCGAACUUAUCUGUCAGGCGGUUGGCGCCAGACCACACCCAACUAUUUCCUGGUGGAAGGGGGCUACGCGAUUACAUACUAUAAGGGAGAAGAUAUCUCCAGACGGUAACGUAACAAGCAGUAUACUAACAAUAGUCCCAACGGUGGAAGACGCGGGGCGAGUGAUAUCGUGCAGGUCCGUUCAGCAAAACCUCAAGCACUCUGUGAGGGAGGACGGCUGGCAAAUGGACAUCCAACAUGUACCAAUACCAAAACUAAAACUUGGUGCCAACUUAGAUGCGGAUAAUAUAAUGGAGGGUUCUGACGUGUACUUGGAGUGCAGUGUGCGAGCGAACCCGCCGCACGAUCAUGUAUAUUUCACUUACAAUGGUGUAACCGUAAAGGGUAGCGGGGGUGUGCUCGUCUCGCGGCAGAGUCUGGUGCUGCAGCGCGUGAGCAGACAGCGCGCAGGCGCAUAUGUAUGCGUCGCGAGGAACGCGCUCGGCGAGGGCACUAGCGAGCCGCUGCAUUUGGAUGUCAAGUUCAGCCCAGUGUGCUCCCGCAAGGACGGCGUUGCGUUACGCGCGGCCCGCGGCGAGACUGUCACGAUACAGUGCGACGUGGACGCUAAUCCUAUGCCUUCAUCGUUUCGCUGGUGGUUCAACAGUUCUACGUAUACGGAGAGAGAGUUAACAAGUAACAGUGGAAAUGCAUAUCACUACAAAGUGAACACAUCAUCAGAAUAUGGCUGGGUCCAGUGUACCGGUACCAACUCAGUGGGCCGGCAGACUGAGCCCUGCCUGUUCCACAUACUGCCCGCCGACAGACCAUCUGCUGUCCAGAGCUGUGAUAUCAGCAACGUGACCCACGAUUGUUUCAUGGCUUCGUGUACCCCGGGAUAUGAUGGUGGGUUGCCGCAGGAGUUUCUGAUGCAGGUAUUCGUGGUGGAAAAUGGCGCGUUAAUAACGAACAGAACAGGCUUGGCCGCCCAAUGGCGCGUCUGCAACGUGUCCGGCGCGGCGUCUGUGCGCGUGUCUGUUUACGCACAUAACCGGGUCGGCGCUAGCGAACCGCACACGGUCACCGUGGGUCUAUUGGAGCAUCCGCAGCGGCACACGGGUGCAUCAUCAGUAAGCGUGCAACUGUCAGCAGUUUUAGUGUCAGUUCUGUGUGCAGUCAGCGUGCUCGUGUGUGUUGGGACACUGGCAACAUUCGUACUGUGCUAUCGGCAUUGCCAGCCGAGACGAGGUGAAAAAGUGGAGAAAACGAAAAGCCGCGAUGAAUCAACAAAAGACCUUCUAGAAGACAAGAGUGACACAAAAGAAGAGAAACAUUCAGAGACGAAUCCCGACAUAAUACCAGUAGAAACGAAACUGAACGCAAGCAUUUCUGGUAGUGUGGCGGAUCAGAUGACGACCCAACCGUUGUUGGCGCAUUGCUGUGAGAGGAACCAGUUCUGCGAUCAAUAUUUAGUUCGCCCCAUGCAGUACCACGUGCAUCCGUAUAUAGAAAACAAACAGAGUGUCAGUUUGGAGCCGCUCGACUUGAAUUAUCUGCCGACGGAGUAUAGAUUGCCCCACGAUAAGGUGUACGAAGAUUGGCUGAGAUAUAAGAACGCUUUGCCCAUGGAUACUAGUAAUUUGCUCCCACCACAACAACUGGCGCAACCGAACACCAUUUACAGCAGCAUCAAGCGGAAUCCACUGAAAUUGGUCAAAAUGCCAGAACUGGACUGCCACGUCCCAUAUCCGAGGAACUACUCCCCUUCGCUCCACCUCAACCCGGAUAACAGUACGGCCAGGUUCACACAGGGUAUGGAUGUUGCGAGUAUGACGGAAGAUCCUAACAAAACCGAAGCGUCCUCCAAUACAACUCCCACGCAGCGAUGAAACCCGUGUACUUACAAUGUGCGUGUGUGUGUGUCACAAACACUAAUGUGUGAUUUUUCGUGUUACCCAGAGAGUUAAAUUGUAAAUAUUAAUUGUUAAUUGCAUUUCAGUGAUUGCAGAUUGAAUUGAAUUAUUUAUUGUAAAUUUAUAUUAAUUAAUU